AUGUCGUCCUUUAUGACUCCCAUUCGACACGUAAGCACUUCUUCAAACACAAGUGUCUCCUCGCCAAAUUCAAGUAGUCCAACCACAGGAGGUCCUACUUCGUCAGCUAAUACUCCGGCAAGAGUGAUAAACAGUGCAAUGUCAACAACAAGCGUACUAACAAAUAGGACAGUCAAUUCCAAUGAUUCAAUGUACUACAUUUGUUUACGAUUGAUGAACUCCCUUGCAAAAAUCCCAGGCAUGUUACCAUAUAUAGAACUGGCAUAUAACCAGGCAGAUGCCGCAGCAGAACAGCAAGCAAUGGCCAUCUCUAGCAUGGAAUCUAAUGAGUUUCUCUACAGGGAUGACGCCACCAUUAACAGUUCCAGUCUGGGUAGCAUUGCAAACACAAACACAAACGUGAGUUCGCAUUCUUCUCAUUCCUUCUUGUCAAGUUGGAAUAGUUCGUUGUUCACAUUUGCAUCGGGGUUAUUGCCAGCUCAGAUAUCUUACGAUCCUGUUACUUCAAUCUCAAAACUACUCAGACAAGGUACUCCUCUAUGCGUUAUGUAUAAUGCCUUGAAGCCGGAAAAUAAAAUUGACAUUGUUAGCUCCGACGACUUGAAAAUCUGUAAAAUGAACAUUUACCAGUUCUUGAGUGCCUGCAAACUACAUUUGAACAUCCGAGAUGAUGAACUAUUUCCAGUGACAAUGGUCUUCUCAGACAACACGGCGCAUCUACUAAGAGUUAUACAUUCGGUUGAAUUUGUAUUAAAUCUUGAACCAUCUUUUUUAUCGCCUCCAAUUCCCGAUGAAAUCAAAAUCACUGAUUCUAGGUCAAAAAUAGUAAAAGAGUUGAUAGAAACAGAGAGAAGGUAUGUGAAGGAUUUGGAUAUAAUGGUUCAAUAUAGAGAUGAUUUGGUAUCUUCUCAAUCUAUUUUAAGUGAAGAUAUUAAUAUGUUAUUUCCCCAACUAAAUGAGAUCAUAGAUUUCCAGAGAAAGUUUUUAAUUGGGCUGGAAUGUAGUGCAUCUGUACCACAUAUAUACCAAAGAAUUGGUUCCGUGUUCAUUCAUGCAGGAGUUGAAGGUUUUAAAAUCUACGAAAAUUGGUCUUUAUACCAAAGUUUUGCUAAUGAUUUAAUUAAAAGGGAAGCUAACAAAUUGAGAAAUUGUUCUAAAAUUAUCAAAGAUCCUUAUGAUUUACAAAAUUUCUUCCUGAUUAAACCAAUCCAGCGGCUACUAAAAUAUCCAUUGCUCCUCUCCCAAUUACUAAAAGAGUCAGACCCAUCAUGGCCAAACUAUAAUGAAUUACACCAAGCCUACAUAAUUUCUAAAGAAGUUGCGAUGGAUAUCAAUGAAUCUAAGAGGAGGUCUGAGAAUAUCCAGCAUUUAAAUAACCUAAUGGAAGAAGUCGUCGAUUGGAAGGGAUAUAACACUAACAAUGUAGGUGAAUUACUAUUUUUCAAUGUAGUAACAGUCAAGGAUUUAUUAACAGAUGGCCAUUCAAAUGAAAAAGAAGUUCACUGUUAUCUGUUUGAAAAAGUCAUCUAUUUUUUCAAAGAUGUUUCCUCAAAGAACAAGAUUUUAGGCUCAAAGAAAAUGUCCAAUCUCUCAUUCUCUAGUAACUCCAGUGGCCCCUUGCAGCUGUCGCUUAGCGGAAUAGUUUAUGUGAAUAAAAUCUACAAGAUUACUCCAGCUGAUAACUCUCCUUAUUUUGCUGCAACACAAGGCCAUUUUCUGACCCUUCGAUGGAAGGGAAACAAAGAUACCGGGGGAUGUAUCAUGAAGUUCCGCUCAGAAGAACAACUGAAUCAGUGGAAUAACACUAUCAAAAAACUGUCAGCAGAUUCCAAUUCUGAUGACACUAUUAACUCUCAUAACAGUGCCAAAAGUCUCAGCAGUUUAUCAAGCUCUAACAGUUUACUAACAGGAACCACAAAUAGGACUAGCAAUACGAGUAGCUUCAAUUAUAACAACAGAAACUCUGAUAGAACUCGUUCGUCAUCUGAUUCAUUCAUGAAAAAGCUUAGGUCAACUAGCAGCUCAAGUUUCUCCAAUUUGAAUGCACCAUACCCCCCACUACCGACAGAGAAAUCAAUAAGAUCAAUGUCUAUUUCCAGCCCUAGCAAGGUGUCGCCGGUCAAGAAGUCAUCUUCUGGAACUUCGUUGCUAACAAAUGAAGAAGUUGCCUCUAACUUCUCCAACAUGACGUUAUCGACCGUUAAUCAUUUAGCUGCAAACACCGAGCCCCACACAAACAUAAAGCUACUUUUCAAUAAAAAUCAGUCAGUUAUUAAUCUGUGUGUCCCUUCAGACAUAAAAUACAAUACCCUUGUAGAAAUUCUGGUACAAAAAAUUAGUUAUCAUUUAGGGUUGGAUUCAGAGGUUAGCAAUUCAAAAAUGUCCUUUAAAUUUAAGGAUGAAGAUGGCGAUUUCAUCAGAUUUAAUGGAGAUGAUGAUUGGUCGAUAGCCAAGGAGAUGCUUGCAGAACUAAAACAAGAAAGUCGGAUACUCGAAAUUAUGGUUUCCUAA